GUCUACUCAAUCCGCUAUAUCGACGCAGUCACCAUCUCGUGCCCCCAGUGACGACCUUGGUGACUGCUUCAAGACGUCUACCACCCCAACGAAGAGAACCUCUCCACCUCACACAGCUUGCCUACUUACUCAGCCACGAUCCACUGGUCCGACCACAGCCGCUCUGCGUCAUUCGUCUUCAUUCUCUCAGGCAGUCACUUAUUGGCUGUAGAUGAUCCCGCCGCACCAUUCUCUCCAUUCCUAAAACCCCUCCAUCUUUCGCAAUCACUCAGAUCGAUACGACCGUUCGCAAUAGUGUAGCAAGCGGCCACCGAAAAUGAGUGUAAAAGGGUUCACCAAGAGUAUUACUCGAGCGCCGCAACAAUUCAAGCAGCGCUUCAAUAUUGGUGACAACACCAAAGAUGCCGUCUAUAUCGACGCAGAAAGACGCUUUGCCGACCUGGAAAAAGAGACCAAGAAACUGCACGAUGAAUCGAAGAAGUACUUUGAAGCCAUCAAUGGCAUGCUGAACCAUCAGAUCGAAUUUUCCAAAGCGAUUCAGGAAAUCUACAAACCUAUAUCAGGCCGCGUGUCCGAUCCUAAUUCCAUAAUACCCGAAGGAAAUCCAGAAGGUAUCCGUGCCUGCGAAGAAUACGAAAGCAUUGUGCGCGAACUACAAGCGACACUGGAACCAGAACUCGAAAUGAUUGAACAACGUGUUAUAGCCCCUGCCGACCAAUUGCUAGAAGUUAUCAAGGUCAUCCGGAAAGUGGCCCUCAAGCGUCAGCACAAACAACUAGACUACGACCGACACCGGGCAACGUUGAAAAAGCUGCAGGACAAGAAGGAAAAGACAUUGAAGGACGAAAAGGCCAUGUACAAAGCCGAAAACGACGUUGAACAAGCGACCCAAGAUUAUGAAUACUUUAACAACCUUCUCAAGGACGAACUGCCCAAGCUUUUUGCCUUGGAAGCCGAGUUCAUUCGACCGCUCUUCCAAUCGUUCUAUUAUAUGCAACUGAAUGUCUUCUAUACGUUGCAUGACAAAAUGCAGGGUAUCAACAUCGGCUACUUCAACCUAAACCUCGACAUCGAAGAAGCAUUUGAGAUGAAACGAGGCGAUGUCCAGGAUCGAGCCGAGGAGCUCACAAUAGUCCAUUUCAAGUCAACUGGUGGAGUGAAGGUUGCACGCGGAGCCUCCAAGUACAGCGUCGGCGGUGCGAAAGCCAAGGAAGCAGAAGCCAGUGGCGUGUCAAAGUAUGGCACAUACCGAAAAUCCACCGAUCCGGACGCCGGCGUGUCAAAUCCACCUCCACCAUAUUCUCCUGCCGGAUCUGUAAGUAGUAUGCCCAGCAGCCCAGCUCUCGGCGCAGUAGCCGCCGCAAAGGGCAAACCACCUCCACCCAAGCCGAAGCCGAGUCGACUGAGUGGUGUGCCCGCUGCAGAGACGGUGACGGCGCUUUACGAUUACGAAGCCCAAGCAGAAGGCGAUUUGAGCUUCAUGACCGGAGAUGUCAUUGAGAUCCUCACGAGGACACAGAAUGAGAAUGAAUGGUGGACAGGUCGCGUACAUGGCCGACAAGGUCAAUUCCCUGGUAUGUGUUUUCCCUUCCUCGUCGACUUUUCAGUCAAUCACAAAACGACAUGGUCUGACUCGUUAUGUCAAACAGGUAAUUACGUGCGGUUGAAUUAGCACUACAGUAGUCAGCAAUCGUACAGGUGUUCCGGCUAUAUAAAAAGCUUCGGCUGGCUAGGGGGCUUUGUUCUCGACAGUUCGCAUUCAGCUAUCCCUGGAUUGAUCUCCUUGGACGUUUGGGCUGGUUCGUUCACUG